CUUUCAGUUUCACCUAGGCCGCGGACAGUUUUAGUCAGAGUCAUUCAGUGUUCGAUUCUCGGAAGAUCGAGUCAGAAGUGAAAAUUUUCCUGAAGCGCUCCAAAUUCGCAGUUUGGUGGUGUGUCGUUCUAUAGCUAACCCGCAAGGUUGAUAGAAUAGUACGAGUCUACGUUGAGUGAGUGCGUUUUCAACAGGGAUAGCCAUUCCUUUUACUACAAUCAGAAAAGGGUGGCCAUUCGGCGAUAGGAAAAUACAAUCGUCCACCCGAAGCGCAAUCACGCUAUCAUAAUCCACUAAACAAAAGCAGAUAUCAAUCGCCAUAGGAAAGACAGAGACGGAAAAUUGCGUUCUUCCGUUCAAACAUAUAGCAGCCUGCUGAGCUAGAGGAAUUCUAGCUCCACUCUUGUUUCGAUUUCGCACGCAGACACUACACGACAGAAAAAUCAUCCUUUGGCAAAAAAAAACAUCGACACAACAGGAAAAGGCCCAGCAUACAAAGGAUCACACAGACUCUUCCGGUUCCGGUGUUCCUUUUGGGCGGUCUCGCGUACUAGAACGGACGUUCUUUCACUGCUACAGUUUUUUAAUCUUGUAUCUUUCUCAAUACUUCAUUCCGCUGACGCUGGAGAGUGUACCCCUAGGUGUCAUAGCAACGCCGUUUUGACCCUCCGUGCUAAUCUUUGCAUAAAGUAGUUUCCUACGCGUUCAGCCGAGCAGCAGUAGCAGAGUAGGCGACGACGAGAGCUGUCAAGUGCAUGUGCGCGUGUGUGCGUGAACGGUGAAGCAAACCCCAUUGUUUUCUGCGGUAUAUUUUCCUUCGAAUGCUAGUCGAAAAAGCAUAAUAAAUUAUUGAAGGGAAAAGUCAGUGCGUCGGAAGGAAAAGAAAAAAAAAAACUAAAAAUAAAUAAUAAAGCAAAUAAUAAUCAUAUACAAAAGGCAAAAGAGCGAAUCGCAAAGUAUACCGGAGGAAAGUCGCGCGUGUGAGAAGCAGAAAAUAGUGGUGUGUGCUUGCAUAGUAAAAUAGCAAAAAGAAAGGAAGGCAAACGAAGAUAAUAAGUGAAAACAGCAAGCCUCCAGAGUGCAGGAAAGUGAAGCAGAAAAAAAAAUAAAGCUUAUUUUUCGUGUGUCUUGUAGGGAAAAGUUCCAGGUUUUUCAACAGCGGUUAUUAUCGUAGGCUGUCCCGAGUGAUAAGUAAAGCAUAGUGAGGUGUCGCGACAUUUUCUCAACCCUACCCUCCUCUUUGCUUGCGUGUGUGCUAGUAAACAAAGCUCAAUUUCAAUGAUCAUGGCGUUCAACGGAAACGGUGCCGGCGGUGGCCAGGACGGGCCGCAUAACAAGCGCCUUUGUACCGGCCAGGAGAUGAUCGAGACGGUUCCGCUCAAUAGCCGGAACAACAACAACAACAUCAACGUCACAGAUGAGCCUCGGCGAAAGCGCGAGGUAGCAACCCGGCCCAACCAUAUCCUGCUGUUCACCAUCAUCAAUCCAGUCUAUCCUAUUACAGUGGACGUUCUACACACCAUCUGCUCACCCAACGGACAAGUGCAACGUAUCGUGAUAUUCAAGAAGAAUGGAGUCCAAGCUAUGGUUGAGUUUGACAGCAUUGAAUCCGCCACCAGAGCCCGCGAUGCAUUGAACGGCUGUGACAUCUACUCCGGUUGCUGCACACUGAAGAUCGACUAUGCCAAGCCAGAAAAACUCAAUGUUUACAAAAACGACACGGACUCCAGUUGGGACUACACAUUGGAAGCAGCCGUCUCCAAGGAUGCCUGCAACGGACGAGCCCCGUUGCUACACGAUCCUACCAUCUUCGGCGGAAGGCCGACCCCGUACAGUGAGUCAUCUUACAGUUAUCCUCAACCUCUCUCUAUUCCUAUCUGUGAAACAAUAAACGACCGCCAAUCAUUAGUCAGCCAUGGUCCUAAACCAGCCCUUCUGGGAGCCGGCGGAGGAAACGGAUUUGCACCGAACUUUUCACCGCCCGAAUUUCAUCCGUCGGAAAACUGGAAACCCACACCGGCCGGAACACACGUCGGACUGAUGAAGGACCCACCGCUGACCCGAAACGGACCAGCCAACUUCAUUCAACCGGCACAGCAACAGGGCGCAGUGAUGAUGGUCUACGGACUCGACAACAACACGGCCAACACUGAUAAGCUGUUCAAUCUCUUCUGCCUGUACGGAAAUGUUGUCAGGAUAAAGUUCCUGAAGACCAAAGAGGGUACCGCCAUGGUCCAGAUGGGAGACGCCAUCGCAGUUGAACGCAGCAUCCAGCACCUGAACAACAUUCCAAUCGGAAAUGAUGGUAGCAAAAUCCAGAUUGCAUUUUCCAAACAGAACUAUUUGUCAGAGUCCACCAACCCCUACACCCUGCCGGACAAUUCGAUCAGCUUCAAGGACUACAGCGCCUCCAAGAACAAUCGCUUCCUUUCGUUGACCCAGGCCAGCAAAAAUCGCAUUCAGCCACCGAGCAAGAUUCUCCACUUCUUCAAUACCCCACCCGGUAUGUCCGAGGAUCUGCUGCUGACUGCAUUUACCACCAAGGACUGCCACCCGUCGCAAGUGCGAAUGUUCCCGCUAAAAUCGGAACGUUCCUCCUCCGGACUGGUCGAGUUCCCGAGCGUAGCCCUGGCGGUGAACGCCAUCAUGAAGUGCAACCACAGCGCGAUCGACCACAAAGGCACAAAAUUCCCGUUUAUUAUGAAGCUGUGCUUCUCCUCGUCCAAGACGAUGAACGGUGCGUGGAGUAACGAGAACAUCGAAAACAUGGGCAUGGGCAUGGCACCGGCACCUGGCAACCCGAUGUCGGCAGCGGUCGCGACAGCCUCCGCCGUGGCAGCAGCGUCCGGUGGUGUGACGCCCAUUUCGGUGACGGGCAGCCAUCUCAAAUCCGAACACGAUGAACCAAUGUAAGAUGGAGUCCAUGUCGUUAGAAGGAAAGCAAAAGCAACGACGUAACUCGUUCGUCAGCUCUCACCCCACCAUCAACGAUCAUCAUCGCCAUCGUCAGCACCAUCCAAGACCACACAUACACACCCCCCAUGUAAUGUCCUUUCCAAUUCGAUUCGAGACUACACGGCGGAAGAUCUAUCUUGAUAACAUCCACUUAUUGAAGGGAGAAAACAUUGAAACAAUAUCAAAGCUAAAUUUAAGGCACAGUCCAACGUCCGUCAAGACAUAACCUAAAUAGUGUAUUGCUAGAGGAACUUUAAGAAGAGCAUAAUUCGACAUCGUCAAAAUGUACAGAGGAUACCUUUUUCGCGCCACAAACAUUGGCGGAAUUUUAGGGCAAGGUCAUCAAUUUUUAACCAAAAAACACAAUUCUCAACAUCCUAAAAGCUCCUAUUUUUUCCGGAUUAUUCAUUUGUUAAUUUUUCGUUCACACAACUGAGAGCAAUGAAAUCGUCAUUAGAGAAGAAGGGAGAACAGCAGUGAGGAACACUGAAAGAAAAAGACAUUAUUUAUUGCAUAGUUCGAUAAGGCACUCUUUAGAGGUUAGGAUUCAUUCUCCUUUGUUUUCACAGUUUACGUAAGCUUGGAAAGAGCGGAAACUUCUUUUUCUGAGAUAAGAGAAAGGAUUUUCCUUUUUCUGUAUAGAUAAUGUAAUGAUUCGUAAUUAUAAUUUCUUAUUGUGUUAGUUGGAAGUGCAAAAAGGCAGGAGAGUAAAAAAUAAUUUGUUGAACUAUUUGAGAUAAUAUACAAAACAAAAGAAAACAAACAAUCUGCGUAGUGAAAUUAAUUAGUUUCAAAUUGUACAUCGCGAUGUGAAGAGGAUAAAAACGAAGAAGAAACAAAAAGCGUCAAAUAAGUGAAUUGGCAAAAUUAUGUUCUAGUGAUUAAGUUAGUAGUAAACAAACAAAAAACAACUGUAUAGAAUCGUUUUUAUUUCUACUAUUUUCUGUCCCAAAAAACAACAGAAACAACAACAACAAUCAUCACAAUUAAAUUAACACAGCAAACACUCUUUACACACAUACAUAUACAAAACAUGAACAUAUGGUAAACAACCACACGUGUAUAGCGAAAACAAAGGCACGCGACUGUGCGACACCACAUCUAUACUCUACUACUACUACUACUACUACACUGAAACAAAACAGCAAAUGCAUCAAAUGAGAAAGAGUGUAGUUUCCCCUCGGAAUCGGAAGUCUUCGAUAAGAAAAAAGUAUGCGAGGGGAACGACUAUGGUUAUCAUUUUGGUUGCUCUUCUCUUAGGUAUUACAAACAAUGUUUUGUUAGUGAAAUGAAACGAAAUGACAAUUCAAACUGCAAGAAUGGAAAAUUUCCAAGCGAAACCAUGCUACUUCUUUCGUCAGAUAUGUUAGUUGUUAGGAAAGUUAGUUCAUUUUUUGUACAUUUUUAUACAAAAUAAAAUUAUUAAAAAAAAACUUUCAUUUUUAAGGCUAGACGAUAGAACACCGAGAGUGAGAGAAUGAGACGCUACCCGAGAAGCUACAGCGUAUGACAAAGAAAACAAAUUGUUAUUUUUUUUUAGGAUAUUUUUUAUGAUUUUUUUAAACUUGUUUUCUUUUUUUGUUACACUGCAAAUCUUCCACCUUUUAGAAUGUUAGUUUGUUUUCCUUCCAUAACCGAUUUGUUCAUUUACUAGCGAUUAAGUUUCAACCCUUCUACCAUCUACUACUUUCAGUUACUUUUAGGAAGACUAUACGAAGCGAGAUUCUUACUUCACAAUCAAUUUUUCUGAAACGAAAGCCAAAAAGAAGCCAAUACUGAUGACUGCCAUGGUGCAGUGGACAAAUGAAAAAAAGAGACUACUAUUUGUUGUUGAGAGGUAAAAAUAAAGAAGCCACACGAGCAGUAAAAUACCGAAUGUUGUCCAAUUGAUUGUGAAACUUGCGGUCCCUUGAGUUGAUUCCCUUUUCCCGUGUUUUGGUUCGAUUCUUCCCUUGAUUUUCAUUGGUUAACAUUUUUUUCAGUUAAGAAGCAACAUAUCCCACACAAAAAAAAACACAUACAGAUACAGCAACAGAAAAGAACACACAUAUUUCGAGGAAUAACUCAAAUGCAUACCAGAGUAAGGAGAAAGAAAAAGAACUCUAAUUCUUAAGAAGCAUAUUACCAAGAGGAAAAGAUGAUGCAUAUUUAUAUUUACAACAAAUUUGUCAGAUUGAACAAGUCUUAAAACAUAUUGUAUAAAGAAGAGAAGAAAAAUAAUCAAUAAUGUAUGGUGGUCCAAUGUUGAAAUAAUAUCAUUUUAUUAUUAUUAUUAAACAAAAAUAUUGCGAUAAACACAAAACAAAAAUAACCAAUAAUAACUAAAGAAAAGUUCUAGUAAAUGCAUUGCAAAAAAAAACACACAAACAAACUCCAUUCAGGUCGCCGGGAAGUUCUAUACAACUUCACGCGUCGACCAAGUGAGAUAAAAUAUCGUAGAAGCAAAGGAAAAGCAGAAUAUCAUUUUAUCCAUCUACUAAAAGCAAACUCAAAUGCGGCUCUUUGUUGGAAAGGGCGAACGAAUCAAUUAUUAGUUUAAAGAACGGCAAUCAGAACUCUUAUCAGAACAAAACCCCUGCGCAUCGUAGAAGAACAAACCGUCGUCGUCGAUGUUUGUUACUUCUCCUGCCAGAAUCCCCCGUUAUCCUCCGACACUUUCCACCUCCCCAAGGGUCCCCCCCCACACGACCUACACAUUCAGAAUUAACGACAGACCGCAUCUCCGUCUAGUGAAAGAAGUUAUACAAUUGUAGGACAUCAGAGGAACAUCAUAUCGCAAACUCUCCGAUAGGCAAUUAUUUUCCGUUAUCUAUUACCAAUUAACGAAAGGCUGUGGAUGUGUAAAUGUUUUGUUAUGUAUGUGCGUAAGGUUUUAAGAGAGAAAACAAAAAAAAAACAUAAACUAGCAAAAAGAAGACGAAGCAAAUCUAUCCUAAUCGAUUUCGUUUGUUUCUUAAAUUGCCACUUUGUAUUUAUAUUAGUCAAAAAAAAAAAAGGCAAGCCAAUGCAAGCAAACUCUCUUUGUUAGUUUUAUUCGCAGUGUUGUGUAAGACGUUUAAGGUAAUUAAAUUUGAUGAACACAAAUCAAUAUGUGAAAACAAAAAAAAUAAGGGCGCUAAUUAGACGAUAUAGAAGAGGAAACUACGACUAGUAUGUGUUGUGUACUGCUGGAUAAAACUACCACUACUAUUACUUACUGCAACUACUACUACUACUACUACUAAAACUACUACAAAUACAAUAUCAAACACCGGAAAAGCAAUCAGUUGACAAGAAAACCAAAAAAAAAAUCGAGAAAAAAUGUCAUGAAAUCAACAUUCUAGUAUUAAAACUGAGCACACACGUAAAGAGACACAGAAAAAAAGGUAGUAGGUAACAUUAGAAAACCAACACGAAUAUCUUGAAACAUGUUGCUCAAUCAAAGUCGUAAUAUUGAUGUGUGUGUGUAAUUUGUUUUUGUUUGCAAUUUUUGCACGAGUUAGAUCGUUUUCUUGUUGGCUUGAAAAAUUAUUUAAAAAAUUACCAUGGAAGCAACUAAAAUGAGUCGACCGAUACUGUUUUGGGAGUUUGUAAAAUAUUCAAUACGCGUAUCAAGGUGUACUUGGAGAGAAUCCUUAAGCCUCGGCUUCAUUUGUCGAAUUUGAAAGCACGGGUCUCGUGAUAUUCGUGAGAUGCAAAUCUUCUGUACACGCAUGUGAAGAAGGAUUCUAACCUUAAGUAGUCCUGUGACGAUAUCGAUAAAUAUCGGGUCUAAAUUAUCGAUACGAUAACCGAUAUUUAAAAAUCCGAUAUCAAAGAUAAUCGAAAUUCUAACUUGGUAUUCAAUUAACACGAGGGAAUGGUUGAAUGCCAGAAUAGCCUAAGGACAACCAAGUGAGCGUCUAACUCCGAACGGAAGGACAUUUAUUUAUACGAGAGAUGUUAUUUUUUGGUACUUGGAGGACAAGUAAGAAGCGUAAAUUUCCAUCCGGAAUAACCCUCUAGCGACAAUCGAUUUUGCGCUAGUACGUAGUUUCGGAAGUAGUCGGCUGUAUAACGUAUCAGUGUGCGAUUUUCCAUUCAAUAUCGGAUAGCGGAUAAAUACGACAUCGUCACAUCACUAACCUUACACGCAGAAAAAUGGAUUUAUGUUUGAGGGCCUAAUGUAUUUUGUUAUUGAUUCAAACAUAUUGUAUUGUAUCACUUUUUCAACGAAACAUAUUUUUGAAUCAACAAAAUGGUUUUUAGAAUCAACAAUAUAACAGAUUAUUGCCUCUACAACCGGUUUGUUGAUUCAAAAAUAUUUUUCUUUGAUCUAACCGAGUAAUAUAUUUGAAUCAAUACCAAACCAAAAAUAUAUCCAUUUGAAUUUAAAAAUCAUUUGAAAUCAUUGAAUUUAAAAAUCAUUUCUCUUUGAAAUUGAGACUGGCAUGUCUAAACAGAGAAAAAAAAUACCCUAAAUUUAAGUUCUUUUUACUUAAUUUUGCGUAAUUUUGAGUUUUGCAUCAAACUUACUGUUGUCAAAAACGGAACGAGAGAUUCGAUUUUCUCAUGACUAUCGUUCAAUAAGCUACUAGCUACUAGUGAGUAUUUAAGACAUUCUCAAAUUUGAGUCAAUUGAACUUAAUUUUGGGUAGAAAAUACUCACGAGUAAGUAAUUUCUUUGCCGUAGUCAAAUGUAAACUACUACAAGCGCUUUACUGAACAUUAGCUUAUUGAACGGAAGAUGAGUGAAAAGAACUUAAUUUUGGGUAAUUUUUCAAUUCCGUGUAAGGUUUUCUUACAUAAAAGCUAAAAAAGACGCAUACAAUCCCGCCAUCUAUCGCUGAACGGUUAAAGCUCCGAGCAAAUUUUUUCGAUCCGAUAGUUUCGACUUUGCUCAAGCAUUAUAGCAGUUGUCCCUUGGAUUCUAGUCUGCUGAUAUGCUAUCUGCAAUUGAAGGCAACAUUUUCCGUUUGUCUUGCUAUAUGCAUGCAUGUAUGAAAGCUGCAUUAUGUUAGACGAGUUAGUUUCCUGAUGGUACUUUGCUACUUUGGUAGACAAAGGAGCUUUUGCGAACUUUCGGAGCACACCAAAUUUUAGUUUUCAUUAUCAGUAAAACGGUUUGCUGGAUCAUGAUCGGCAACAAAAAAGCUUUACUGAAAAACAGCAAACGAUAUUUUUACCGAAAAAUUCAGCUAACAUAAACGGUUUGCUGGACACCCAGCAAAGUUGUCAAUCAGUUAGCGUCACAGUCGCAAGUAUUUGAAUUCGUACGAUUCGUACAAACCACCGAGGAGGAGGAGAUAAACAUAACUACAAAUAUAUAAAUUUAUGUUGGUAAGAGCACUGCUUAUAAUAUAUGUUAAUAAAUUAUGCAUGGAAAAGACCUUGGCGAUUUUGUCUUUAUUAUUUGUGUAUUUGUAUCAAAAAUCUUCAAUAGAAGCUGCCAGCCCCAAGUGAAAAUAAAUUCGAUUUACUGAGUUUAUUCAGCAAAAUGCUGUGAGCUGUCAGAAUUUUUUAAUGCUGAAAAAUCAGUGAAGAAAUAUUGCUGAAAAUUUUGCUGAUUAUCAGUAAAAUGUUCACAUUUUGACAGAAGUUGGAUUUACUGGAAAAUUCAGCAGCAUUAUUUUGCUAGAAAGUUUGCUGAUCUUUCAUCAAGUUUAAAAUCAGCAAAAUUCUGGUGAGUUUCAGCCAUUUAAAUUUGUUGUGAGACGUUCUUUCUCAAAGACGUAGCCAGGAUUGGAAACAGAACAGGAUGUUUGUUGGUGAUGGGUCAUUAGACCAAAUUCCACUACUUAUGCGUUAACGUCUUAAAUGGGAAAUUGCUUUGCAGAUAUUCAUCCCUGUUCUAUAUUUCGUUCGAAACAGUUUUUUUUUCUUUAGUAUGGGAAGCGUGGGAACUCGGCUUCGAACGAAAAAGCGAAUAGACGGUGACUGUUAUCACCUCACUAGUGACAGCGAGUCACCUUACCUCACUUGCGACGCAGAAUAAGUCUCAUUAUUUCCGAGCAGACUUCUAGAGUAACAUUUGAAAGGGGCCUAUGUCCAAAACGUAAAUAUAUCAGAAAAUAAAUUUUAAAUUUUUCCGCCACUAUUCAUUUCAUAUUUAAGAAAAUUGAAGUAUUUAAGGCAUUUAUAUUGUUCACAAUAACAAUUGUAACUGUAUCUCAGUAUGCAACAUCCUAAAUAUGCGAAAAGCUUUCAAUUUAAUAAUUUGGUAACAAUUUAAUUUCAUAAAUUAAUAAGCCUUUUUGUGAAUCUUUCAAUGGAUAGGCGUUUUUGUUAAGCCGUAGUGCUUGUAAUAAGAAAUAGUACGACCUUUGCUAAGCCUUUUCGCAACGUCAAAUAAAUUCAAAGCAAAUCAUCGGCCCUGCCUCAAUCAGUAAGGUUUAGUAACGAACUGCUCAUUUUUUAAUAACUGUGCACACAGUUGACGAAACAUAGUUCUUUUUUAAGCAGUUAAAGCGUUUUAUAGAUACGUAAAAAGUAGAUUUUAAUUCAAGUAAUAAACUGUAUUUGUUUUUGCGUUGCAAAAAUGAAGUGAGAAAUGCUCGCUGCACAUCUCGGAUUGUAAGUGUAAAAAUUCAUUGGUGUUGAUUCAAUUGUAAGGAAAAUUAUAGGAAACUAUGAUCCUAAUCUAUCAAUUACUUUAAAGAAAAACAUAUUUUAUCAACUGAGUGAAAAUUUAUUCACUCAUAUUCUUGUUUUCGUUCGAACCGUAUUUUCCAUACAAAAAAAAAAAGUUUUUUUGUGUGGAAAAUAUGGUUCGAACGAAAACAAGAACAUGGGUGAUUAACAAAUGAGCGGUUGGUGUGUACAACCGAGCAUGCCAAGCAUGUGGCUCACGCCUGAUGGAUAUGCUUUCCACACUAAAAUUCACGGGCGCAUUAUGUUCCACUUAUGGGCGGUAUGCUCCAACUCGGAUUAACUUUUAAUACCGUGCCUGUUUGGAUGUUCUGCAAUUUUUUUACUUAGAGUCGUGUUGAUUUACUCUGAUGUCGACAUCAAAGCAGUCGGACAAUUUUGAUCAGGAUUUAAUCCGAGGAUGAUACCGGUUGGAGUUUAACACCAUUAGAGUAACAAACAGCUUGGUACUGCGGACUCACUUAAUAUGCAUGUCAACUGAGAGCUAGUGUGAACUGUCAAAUGGAAGCCAAACAUUCAGAAGCCACAAAUGUGGUUACUCUUCUUAUCGAUAGUCAAGCAUUGUCAUCUCAUACUUUUUCCUAACACUUCUCAUAUAAGUAUGUAAACAAACAUUAUUAGAGUCAUGGGGGCUCGAGCACUCCUGACUUGAAGCUUUUGUCAGGAAUCAACUGAUUAAGAGCAAAGCCAUUUUAUACUUAAGAAAAUUUUCAAGCAGUUUUCAUUGGCUCGCAAAUUAAAAUCGAUUGGCUUCGCAGUAGCCAGACAAUGAGUAUUGUUGAAAAUAACUACUAUUUUUCUAACAAACCUUGUUACGUUUAGUCUAUUUUAGAAUGAAACAUAUUCAUGGUUAAGAAUAGUACAUGUAGGCAAAAUAGAAAAGUUUCCGUGUCAAACGAAAAAUGAUAUGCUGCAUGGGUGCGUCGCUUGAAGAAGGACUCGAUAGAGCGAAUUAUCUAUCCGCUGAAACCGACAAAGUAAACAAAGGAAAAAAAAAUCUCAAAUGGCGUUGACGGCGACUCUGUAGCUCUUUACUCCUAUGGUAAAAUCCAUAAGCAAACGUCAGACUUUGGCGGACUUUGUAGUAUCCUGUCAAUCUUUUCUAGAAGAGACAAUUUUUCGACGGUGCCAUCAACGCCAAAGGAGCAGACCGUUUUUGUGCUUCGACAAGCUCGCGUGCUUUCGCUAGUCCGUGCGAUAGAUAGUAGCCCAUUAGACUGAUGCAAAAUUCGACUUUUUUGCUCCACAGUGCUUAAAUGGUUUCAAAUCGGGUCCUGAGUAGCCUCCCAAAGUUACAACUCAUUUGGUUGGAAACAGACUUCGCACAAGCCAUUUGAAGUUUACAUGUAAAUUACUAUGGGAAAUCUCAACUUUUUGUUCAUUGCCUUCUAGUUUUUUUUUCCAUAUUGAGCUGCGAAACAGUUCGAUAGCCAUUCUUAUAGAAAAUUUUCUCAGCUACAACUUUGCUGAAGAUCGUUUCUAUGUAAAACGAGACAGGAAAAAGUUAUUAAUUAUUUAAGAGAUUGGUAAACUUAUGACAUGAUCAAGCAGCUGCUCUGUAGGCAACACUGUAUUUUGCAGUGUGACAUCCGGGACGGGACGUGACAAUCGAGCUUCUCACUCUUCUUAAUGUUUUUGAAGAAUGCCCUUCGGAAAGUUGCACGUGGUGUUUGAAGGAGUAGACCAAUGAUGCCAGGAAUGUAAAAUAUUUUUCUAUUUUAAAUUUGGAUUUUAUCCGGAGUUUCUACCGCAGUCUAGCAGCUUGAACAUCAUUUUUGCUCAACACAAUAAAAAUAACCAUAAACAAACAACAAUAUCCAUCGCUUAAAACACGCAGUGCACUCAAUUUUUCAACUCUCCUUUCGCAAAUAUAAACAAAUAACAACGCCAUUGACGUCAACAUUGAUUCCGGCAUCACUGCCAGCCAGAUUGAUGCGAUCCCUCUAUCCUUUUUAUUCCACGAUUGCUACUGUCAAAUCGACCAAUCAGAAACUGGCUCGGAUUUGACAGAAAAUUGGCUCGAAAUCGCUACCCGAUUGUCAAGUCCCGUCCCAGUGUGACAUAGUAGCCAAGAUUUUUGUGUCCUAUUCAACGCCCCAGAAACACCAAUGUUGCCUGCUGAGCAGUUUAUUGAGCAUGAUCAUAAGACAUCAGCGCAUUGAACCAUAGAUAACUUUUGAUUCUUACAUUUAAUCAAAAAAUGGUCUUCAGCAAAGUUGUAGCUGGGAAAAUUUCCUAUAAGCAAAGUUGAAAGCUUUUGAAGCAGACCGAUAUGGUGAAUUGUUAGAUAGAAAUGAACAAAAAUCUUGGUUUACCAUAGUAAUUCCCAUACAAACUUCAAAUGGUUUGUGCCAUCUCAGUUUCUCACCAAAUGGGUUCAAAUUUUGAGAGGUUUGUCAGGAUCCGAUUUGGAAUCGUUUAAGUAUUGUGGAGCGAAAAUUUCAAAUUUUGCAUCACUCUAGUAGCCCAUACUGCGCAGAACUGUCCUGCCGCACUGUAGAUGCGUCUGCAAUCACAGUUUCUCCCCGAGAACCACUCGGCACGAUUGAUGGUCCACCAAUCAGUCAGCCGUACAGCUCAUUCUCAUUCUCUCGGAGUUUCGAUCGACUGUGGAGGCUGGUGGAGUUUGUGGAUCC